CGUCAAGAUCGCCAUGCGCGACGGUACUUGCGCGACUAAGCCUCCGCAUUACGUAAUUGACGAGUCGCAUAUAUGUAUUUCGAUGCAUCGGACGACGACGGCCGUCGCGGUUUUCUCGAGGAUCUUCGAAGCGCGGCGCGCGUUAUCACCGCGCUGGCAGCGAGAAAGCCGAUCUUUAUCGCGCAACGUUCAUUAAUUUCUGCAGCCGGUGCUGCUACCGAGGCGAUUUUAUUGCCAAAAACUUAUUUUUGAUGCGCGCCCGCGCUCGCGACAGUCUAUAUCGCGCGAGUAUUUUCUAGUGGAGGAGCGCGUGUGCGGGUAUACGUAAGUGUGCUAUAAUGAGCGGCUGCGCUGCGACGCGAUACGAUCGGGCUACUGUGUGCUGCUCCGAUGUCAGUCGCGCGAGGGUGGCCGGCUCGGAUGGAUAUGACGGACGAAGUCGGAACGUCGUCGGGAUACUUCUUUGUGUGAUUCGGUGUGCUGGUUUAGAUGCGUUAAGUUUUGAUCGAGGUAAAGAGUAGUCCUACGAAUAAAUGAUAGUAAUUUGUAUAGCCAGUUACGUAACAUUUUGCACUGAAUUAAAAAGAAAAGCUGAGCAUCGGUAUCGUCCAGUGUACACUUUAUAAGCAAAUGCCUUCUUACCCUGCUGGCAUUGACUUAGACGUAGUUAAUUUUAAAAAUGGAUGGAUCGAGCCAGCACCAGUUCAAUGUAGCCAUUAAGAAAAUCCUGCAAAUGCAUCGACUCAAAGAAGUGAAAUGGAAGAACGAAAAGGCGUGCGCGCACGAGGCUUAUGUGCCGACGUUCGUGGAGCACGUGGCGAACGUGUUCACCCACGGGAUCUGGAUCGUGCCGGCGUUGCUGGGCGCCCUGGAGCUCAUCGAGCGCGCCUCCACCAAGCCGAAACUAUUCUCGGCCAUCAUCUACGGCACCUCGCUGCUCCUGCUAUUCACCGUCUCCACGGUCUUCCACAGCAUUCACUAUUGCUUUCAUAAUGGUAAACUGGUGCAUCUGAAGGACGUGCUGCACAGGUGCGACCGGGCGAUGAUCUACGUCUUCAUAGCGGCAACCUACUUCCCCUGGCUGAACCACGAACCGGUCCAAGGUGACGUGCUGCUGCCCACCAUGCGCAUUCUCGUCUGGAUCAUGGCUGCUGUUGGUAUCCUCUACCAGCAGAUCUUCCACGAGCGCUACAAGUGGCUCGAGACCACCUUCUACGUCAUCAUGGGCAUCGGCCCCAGUAUCGCGAUAGUUGGAAUUGACGACUAUAACAACAUUCUUGAAUUGAAGCUGGGUGGACUAGCGUACCUACUGGGCAUCGUGUUUUUCAAGUCGGACGGCCGGAUCCCGUGCGCCCACGCGAUCUGGCACUUGUUCGUGGCGACGGGCGCGGGCUUCCACUACCUGGCGAUCCUUCAUCACCUCUACCCGGACUCGGAUUCGCCCAUCUUAGCCUCGGGCGAGCGGCUCUACAACAUCUUGGCUGCCAGCGAUCAUCACAUCGUCGAAUCUCAUACCGAGUUCUAGCUCUCUCUCUCUCUCUCUCUCUCUCUCUCUCUCUCUCUCUCUCUCUCUCUCUCUCUCUCUCUCUCUCUCACACACAACUUGUAACUUCAUAUUCUACCCACCUGAUGCAAAAUAUACAUGACCAAAUGCCAAAGCCGAUUCGCGCGGGAGCGGAAGUCGCGAGUUUGACGUGCGUCCAAUUCAUACGCUAAAUUAUAAUUGUACAAAAUCCGGAUAAUCUUGUGGGUAUUCGAAAGCUCGCGAUUUCCAGAAUGAUCUUCCGCGGAUCGAUAAUCUAGAUGAAUUGUAGUCAAAUUCGAGGGUAACGAACGUUUUCGAUGAUAUUACAUUUUUAUAAAUAGGGAACCGACAUGAAUUUUUUCUAUUUAUUUUUCGAGCGAAAUAGUAUACUACUAGAAACUGAAUGCGAAAGUGAAGAAACGUAUUUUUUACUCCAGCAUUUUGUAUGUAUAGACUUUUUUCAAAUUUGCCAAAGCAAGGUUGUAGGCGCAAAUUAUGCUGAACUGUUUCCUACAGCAGGCUAGAAAAUAAAUCAUGAUUUCGGUACUGUCUGUUCCCUAUUGAAUUUAAUUCUCGAAAAGGAUUAAUCAAGUUAACAUGUACAAACGUAGCAUAAGAUUGAAAUUUCGACUGUUGUUUCGAAGCAUUAUCUUUUACAACUUAUACCUCUCAAGCUGAUUUUGGUAUCGUUGUAGGUGCAGGUAAACGUUAUUUUUACUCUAUCUACUUAGAGUUGAAAAAUAAUGAGUUUUAACCAAUUAUUUGCUCUUUUCUAAACGAGCUAACGUGAUAAAACUAGCUAAAAGAAUUAUACAUUGUGAUUGAAAUAUUUGUUAGUGUGUUCUGUUAUACGCGUAGAGGAUAUUAAGACUUGAUCGAUUUCAAAAUCAAUCGUAUGUUGUAAUAAAUAUUUUUAACGAGAUAUAAAUGUGCAAUGGGAAUGUAGACAUAGAAAAUAUAAAAUUUAUUCUUUUUCUAACCUUGGCAAGACUCAAAAUUUAUUGUUAUUGUUUUGUCUCGCUUUCUAAAGUUAACGUUGCAUCAAAUUUUUUAGCCAUUAUCAAAUUUGAUCUCUAUUUUGAGAAAAGUUGCGCGUCAAAAAAUAUACACAUAUUUUUAUUCAAAUGAAUGGACUGUUACGAAAUCUUUCACGGCAUCGAAACAUAAGUUUGAAAAAAAUUGUGUAUCUAUUUGAAUUUAAUUUAAGUAUUUAUGUAAGAUACGAUAAUGUAUUAAAAGCAUUUCAAUAAAAAAUUACUCAGAAGUA